AUGAGAGGUGACAACCAAAGCUGCUUCUGGGACACCCCAAAGGACUUCAUUCUCCUGGGCAUUUCUGACAGGCCAUGGCUGGAGGCCCCAGUCUUUGUGGUCCUCCUGGUGUCCUACAUUCUGGCUAUGCUGGGAAACAUCUCCAUCAUCCUGGUAUCCCAGCUGGAUCCCCAGCUCCACAGCCCCAUGUACAUUUUCCUCAGCCACUUGUCCUUCCUGGACCUCUGCUACACCACCACCACUGUCCCUCAGAUGCUGUUCAACAUGGGCAGCUCCCACAAGACCAUCAGUUACGGCGGCUGCACUGUGCAGUACGCCAUUUUCCACUGGCUGGGCUGCACCGAGUGCAUCGUCCUGGCGGCCAUGGCUCUGGACCGCUACGUGGCCAUCUGUGAGCCACUCCGGUAUGCUAUCAUCAUGCACCGCCCACUCUGCCGGCAGCUGGUGGCUACGGCCUGGCUCAGCGGCUUUGGCAACUCCCUCGUUCAGGUCGUCCUGACCGUGCAAUUGCCUUUCUGUGGCCGGCAGGUGCUGAACAACUUCUUCUGCGAGGUGCCCGCCAUGAUCAAGCUGUCCUGUGCUGAUACUACGGCGAAUGAUGCUACACUGGCUGUGCUGGUGGCCUUCUUCGUGCUGGUCCCUCUGGCCCUUAUCCUCCUCUCCUACGGCUUCAUUGCUCGGGCAGUGAUGAAGAUCCAGUCCUCCCGGGGCCGGCGCAAGGCCUUCGGCACUUGCUCUUCCCACCUGCUGGUGGUCUCUCUCUUCUACCUGCCCGCUAUCUAUAUGUACCUGCAGCCCCCAUCCAGUUACUCCCAAGAGCAGGGCAAGUUCAUCUCCCUCUUCUAUUCUAUAAUCACUCCCACCUUUAACCCUUUCAUCUACACCUUGAGGAAUAAGGACGUGAAGGGAGCUCUCCGAAGACUCCUGGCAAGAACUGGGAGGCUGUGUAGGAGGUGAAAGUGUAACCCGGGAAGACCUACACAGCUUGCAGAACCUGCCCACCCCAUCCCCAGCAAGGACUCUGGGGAGGGUUGUAGCUCAGAGAUGUU